CCCGAAUCCAGCUAUUAAGUCAAUUUAAAGACCGAAAGGGGGAGUUCCUCAAGUCACCGCUAUCCGUCAGGUUUCCCCGCUGUGGGCCAGAGAGUGCUGAAAAUGAGCGGCAGGAAGAGUGGCGCUCCCUUGUUGUGGCUCGCCGUGUGCUUCGGGAGCGCGCUCGAGGCCGUGGCGCUGGGCUCGCGCGCGGUGUGGCGAAACGGCUCGGCGGUGCUCGUGCCGGACUACAUGCUCAAUCUGUACAGGACGCAGUCGCAGCUCGAGCGCACAAGCAACUACGGGAGCGCGACGCGCGCGAGGAGACGCGCCAACACAGUCACCAGCUUCGUGGACCAGAGCAAAGAUGAGCCAUCGGCUGAGUCCCACCAGCAGUACAUAUUUGACCUUUCGGGUCUCUCAAGGACAGAAGAACUAGUGGAGGCUGAGCUGCGGGUGUUGCGGAAGCUGCCGUCUGACUUGGAGAAAUUACAGUCCUGUGCAGGAAACCUGUACCACCUACUCCUUUAUAGCUGCUCCUCUCGGGGCUCAUCAGGCAAGCCAAUACUGCUCACUUCUAGGACCAUCAACAUUCUGGAUACCACCUUGAGCACUUGGGAUGUGUUUAAUAUUGGGACUACUCUGAAAGCCCACUACUGGGUGCAUAGGACAACUCAAGACAGCAGAUAUGUAUGUUUCAGCAUAGCUGUUGUUUCACACUUAACAAAUGAAGUGGUCUCCCCUUCUUUAGUUGGUCUGGGUUCGACGGGGCAGCAGAAGAAUGAGAGGGCUUUGCUUGUAGCCUUUUCCCGCACUCGCAGGAAAGAGAAUCUGUUCAGAGAGAUCCGUGAGAAGAUGAAAGCCAUGCACAUGUUUGAUUGGAGCUCUGAGGAUCAUGGUAGACCCAGGCGCCGCCAGAAGAGGAGAACUGCCUUAGCAGGCCGCUCUGGUGCAGCAGGGACAGCAGGUGGAGGGGGAGCCAUUGGGGGAGGUGGAACAGGCGGAGGGGGCAAAGGAGGUGGCAGACGGAGAACUCGCUGCAGCCGCAAACCUCUCCACGUGAACUUUAAAGAGCUGGGAUGGGAUGACUGGAUCAUUGCGCCGCUGGACUACGAUGCAUACCACUGUGAAGGUGCAUGUGACUUCCCACUGCGCUCACACCUCGAACCCACCAACCACGCCAUCAUCCAGACGCUCAUGAACUCCAUGGAUCCAGAGUCAACACCGCCCAGCUGCUGUGUGCCUUCCAAGCUCAGCCCUAUAAGCAUCCUAUAUAUUGACGCUGGGAAUAAUGUGGUGUAUAAGCAGUAUGAGGACAUGGUGGUGGAGAGCUGUGGCUGCAGGUAGCAGCAUGAAAUUGGGCUGGACUACAGCCCUUGAUUUGAAACCUACAAAUGAGCCCCAAUGCAGCACUGCUAGCCUCACAGAAAUGAGCCUUAGUGCCAAAAUAUUUUAGCAAUCACUACCAUGGAUAAGUGUGUGCACAUGCAUGUGGUGGAGUGGACAUAAGAGGUUAUGCUCAUGGGUAUUUUGAACAGUAUCUGUCAAAUGGGCAGAAAACCCAAUGGGUAAUCAUGCUGAACAGCCCUCUUUGCAGGAUACUAAAUUCUCCAACAAAAUGAACGCCGCCUUGAUCAGGAAAAAAGUAAGACCAGAAAUUCCAGAAAUAACACUGCAUCCUGAUAAUGUAAACGAAAUGAUAGAGCACUCAUGUAUGCUCACAAUGACUGAGAAAUUUUGAACUGUUCUGAGUUCCCAAGUCUGUCAGAGAUUCCAUGCAAGACUAAGAGUGGAAAUAUAAAUAUAAAUAUGAGAAAGAAAAAAGUGACCUUAAUCAGUGGCAGCAAUGCUUGUCUGAAUGUUGGAGGUUUGGACUUUUUCUGUAAGGCGCAAAGUGUUAUUCCAGUUGGAGCUUGGGUUGUUUUUAUAAUCAAGAGACUCACCGGGUGAUAUAUUGAGUAUGACAGUUCUGAAUUUUAUAUCAAGGUAACCCACACACAGCUGAUGCUCCCAAGAGGUGACAUCUCGCUUCCUUUUCUCAGCAUAAUAGACAGUGUUUGACUGGCCCACAAAAGGAAACUCACAAACCAUUCAUUGCUAAGAACUUCAGUCAUUAUUUGUUUCACUCAAAAGGCUAAUCACCCCAAGUUCUUUAAGAAUUGUGUUUAACUAAGCUCAUUACAAAAGAAAUAAACUUUGUGGACACCCCACUUGGCAUCUGCCAGACUAGAUACAAUAACUGUGUUAUUCAUGAUGUCCACAUGUAUAAGAGGUAAAUGACUUCACUGAACCUCAGAACCUGGGAAAGAGGUUAGAGAGCCAAAGUCAGAAUGAUUCUUGGCAUUGUGCACUUGUGUGUGACAACCCUCUUGUCAGGUCAAACUAAAUGUGUAGGUCGGUUUGCUUUUCCUUGUCUCUGCUGUCCUUUUUUUCAUUUUAUUUUAGAAUAAACAUUCCCAUCAAGGACAUUCUCUUGAAUGCAGCCUCACAUUGUACACCUGCUAAGACAAUAGGACCUAAGACAAUAAGUGUUAACUCUGGGGGGGAAAAAACACCCAACAACCUGGAAUCAGGCCAGGUGAACCAACCAACCUAUCUAAAUUCAAUUCAAAUGACUAAAUUCCAUAAUCCCUGUGGUAUAUAACUUUGAACGGUAUUUGUUUUUCCAUUAUCUAUAAUAUACACACUACAAUAUAGUCAUACAUAAGAAAAGCAUUAUAAAAACAAAAUAGUGGCAUUAUAACCUGCAGUAUUUUAGCGUAAAUAGACAGCCAGAAAAGCUGCAGCCAUCAAACAACUGCUGUGUGCCUUGUAUGAUCGGCAUAACCUAGUGAGCUCAGCCCUGCACGAGUUCUGCCGGUUUUGAUAACAGACUUGUGUUGUCCCAGUUUAUUUCAGUAAAGAUAAUUCAUUUUGUCAGAAAAAAAAAACAUUUUGGUUGCAGUUUGUCAGGGUUUUUAAGGACAAGGAGCAGAGGCACAUAGUGUUGUGAGCCGUAAGUAUAUCUGCUUAAGCAUACACAAAUAAUCUUUUGGGCAUUUAAUAAAUUCUAUAAAAAAGUGACAUUAGAUUUUUCUCCUAAAUGCACAACAAACACACACACACACACACACACACACACACAAAUAAUAAUAAUAAUAAAUACUAGUCAUAAAGCAAUAACAAGAGCAACACCUGAAGGUACAAAUCUACAACUAAACAUUUUGAACUGUUAAACUUGUUAACUAAGUGUGCCUCGGUUACAGUCACUGUAAGUGGUAUGGCCUUGCUUAUCGAGGGUACCUAUCACAGCCAUCAAAUAUCAUUGUUAAAUUUUCUUUUACCACAGAAUAGCAGCUUACGUCAUUAAAAUGAACCUUGUUCUCUGUUAUAUCUGAAAGUUAUGAUAAGAUAAAGGAUAAGAUAAGAUUUACUUAUAAUUAGCAUUGGACUUAUGCUUUGCUUUUGUCAUGUCAAUAGCGUUAAGCACCAAAGCUGACCCAAAUUUACAAGUACAAUGUGUAUGCUGACUUAUUUCAGGAGCAUGGUGGAAGUCAAACUUAAAGCUGCAAGAAUUACGUUUUUGUGCUUUGGCAUUUUAACUUAAAAGCCUUUAGAGACAUUUUGAGGAGUAGGUAUUUCAGCCGGCCAAGUGCUUUCAGACACUGAAUGUAAAUCCUACAGCAUUGCUAUGCUUCGACUGGGGGCUUUGGCAACGUUGCUGUAUACAUCAAUGUUAGACUAUGUUCACUUCGUAAGAAUCGGACAUCUGUUUUACUUUACUGUCCCCGUUUAUAGUGUGUUGGUUUUAAAUAUGAGAUGGAAUAGUAAAACAGUGUUUAUAUUAAUUUUAAAGUACUAGUCUUAAUUUAGCGCAUUUAUGUUCUCUCGAGUCCCUGCAUAUUUGUGAGCUGUAACAAAAUGUAUAAUGAAAAUGAUCAUUAUACAAAACAGAACAGAAAUGCAGUAUAUGUCCUUUGACUGACUACAAAUGUCUUAAAUGCAGAAACCAUAUUGGAGUAUUGUCAUUGCACUAUGUGCGAGUUUUUGUGUAACAUAUAAAGGGAUUGUACAUAAUUGAGCUAUAAAUUAUCUGUAAACAGCUAUACAUUUUUCAUCUUUUGGAAAUAUUGUUUAGUAGUAUAUAUUAAAUAUAUACAUAUAAAUAUCUAGACAAGUUUUAAACCCAAAAUUAAGUACACAUUGUAGCCUCUUCUUUUCUUUCACCCUUUUUACUAUGCCAUUUCUGUACAGAUGAUUUUAUUAAAGCAAAGAGUUUAUUAAUAAGAGAAAAAAAUGGACUCUCUUCACAAUUCUUUGCCAGGAAUUCAAAUAAAAGUAAACUCUUACUUAAAUGUGUCUUCCACCCUUGGUUUCAGAAGUAUUAUUGCAUUUGUGUUUUGUUUUGUUUUUUGCCCGAAAAGUACUAAAAAUAUUUCCAGGUGAUUUAGAUUUCAAAAGGCAGAAAGGGAGGAGAGACUGUUGCCCAGUGUGGGCAGGAAAGUCAUAAUGCAUUAUGUGAAGCGCUAUGCUCAGAGCACUUUAAUGCUUGUGUGUGUAUGUGGGUGUGUAUGUGGUGCACACUGGAAGUUUUAUUAAAUUUGUUGACUUCAUGGCUUUACACAGAGUCCAUGCCCUCAGAAGGUUGUGAUGCAAUUGCACAUUUGUCUUGUGAUGGUUUCUCAAAAAUAGUGAAAGAGACAGCUCUAGUUUACACCAGCUGUUAAAUAUAUUUUUUGUAUAACACUGUAACUCAGUGUGACUCAAGAAUAUAUUUGACUACUGAUGUGCUGCAUUUAUACAUUAAUAUAUAAAAAUAUUUGAACCUAUUUUCAGACAAUA